CUUCCAAAUGAUUUACUUUAAGAGUUUUCGAUUGUGAAAAAAACGUAUAUAGCCUUGUAAACGUGGCCACAACAAGCUUUUGAUUGUCAUGGUCGUUCCGGAAAAAUGCCCGCAGCUUUAUAUUUCUUCGACCUUGGCCAAAUCCGAAACUUCAAACCCUACGAGAGAGUGAGAGGAGAUUUUCUAGAGAGGGAGAGAUGUGCACGUUAGAGAGGAAAGGCAACAUCUUCAUCCUAACGCUAACAGGCCUGGGCGAGCACAGGCUCAACCCCACUCUCAUCGACUCAAUCCGAUCCGCUCUCAACCAAAUCCGAGCCGCCGUCACCACCACCGCCACGUCAUCAUCGCCCUCGGCCCUAAUCACCACCGCACAUGGCAAAUUCUUCUCCAACGGCUACGAUCUCUCCUGGGCCCAGUCCUCUCAAUCCCGCAUGGAGCUCAUGGACUCCAAGCUCCAGUCCCUUGUCGCCGACCUCAUCUCCCUCCCGAUGCCCACCAUCGCCGCCGUCUCCGGCCACGCCUCCGCCGCCGGCUUCAUCCUCGCUCUCUGCCACGACUACCUCCUCAUGAGGCGGGACCGCGGCUUCAUCUACAUGAGCGAGCUCGACAUCGAGCUCCUUCUGCCGCGUUGGUUCUUGGCACUUAUCGAGAGCAAGGUCGGCUCGCCGGCGGCUCGGCGCGACUUGUUGCUCAGAGCCGAUAGGGUGAAAGCCGACGUGGCAGUGGCGAAGGGGAUUAUCGACUCGGCGCACGAUAGCGCGGAGGAAACCGUUGAGGCCGCGGUUAGACUUGGGGAGGAGUUGGUCGCGCGGAAAUGGAACGGACACGUGUACGCUCAGAUUCGCAAGGACUUGUUGUCUGAUGUUCUGGAUGAGAUCCGCGCGAAUAAUACUGGCAGUGGAUCCCGGCUGUAGGUUUAUGGGUCGGACAGGCAUGUGGGCUUUUUGGCCCAAUAGUUAUUUUUAGGUUGGAUUCAAUAAAUCUUGGCCCAACAUGCUGUUGCUACUUCUUCUCUUCAUACUAUGGGUUGAUUUGGUAUUGUCACUUAAAAAAAAAACUGAUUAUGCUGUACUAUGAAAAUAAACAGUUGUGAAAUAAAGUAACAGAGUGUUUAGUAAAUUUUUUGUAAAAGUGCU